UCUUGACCGGCGGCGCCCAAAGACACCUAAGAUCUUGCCCUGUGGGCUCAUCUUUAUUGAUUCCAGGCCCAUUUCUGACCAGAACAAAGCAGAUGACGAACAGAGUCUGGGGCAAUGGGAUGGCCAUCUACUCAAGAGCCGGGGGACUCCGAAGAGCAAGGAGGCUCGGCCCAGAGGGACGUCUGCGCUACUCAGCUUUCUGAAGAGAUCCUCAGGUCCUAUACUGAUGAGGUAGUGAGUUCUGGUUCCCUCAGCUCCUUCGGGGAAGAGCAGUCCUGUUCCUACAACUCUGAGAGCUCACUGGAGACUGGGAAGCCGACUACAAGUUCAGAAGAACAAGACGAGCUGCCAGAACGUUCAUUCUUACAGAAGGAAGAACAUAGGCUGAGUGAAAAGUGGCUCAACCACAUCAAGGGCAAAGGAAUUAAUUCGGAAAGAUACCAACCCGACAGUAGACUCCCAACAGAAACUCCUGGGGCAUCCACCGAAGAACUGAAUGCCCUCCAGUCUUUUUGUUCUGUUAAAGUAAACCUGAUCCACCAGAGAGAGGAUUCAAGAGCAAAGAAAAGCCCCAGGCACAAAAGGCUGCCGCUCAGACGGGUUGCAGAGACUUCAGAUGUAGACGCUUCCAAUUGCACUGUUCCUGACGAACUGCUGAGCAGAAUCUAUUUGAAGAACACGAGGGCAACUCUAGCGCACAUAGGGGCCCUUAAGCAGCAUGUUCCUUCGCAGUGUCCCAGUUGCAACAGCAAAAGGGCAGAGCUGGCUCAGUCUGACUUCCUGAAGCGCAGGAAGACUCUGCUGGAGUCGCUUCUGCUCCAAGAGAAAAUAGACGAACACCUUCAUACCACAGACUUUCUCACCCGCAUUGGAGAUGCACAUCGGGGCUUCCCCAGGCUUUCAGAUGAUCCCAAGGUCAUUUGGAAGAAAAUGACUGAGAAAAUUCAGACGGGGAGCCCCCGUUUUGGAAAGGCGGACGCAAAGCGGGUGUAAGAUGGGUGUACAAGUACCCUACUGCUCUUCAGCCUACGUAUCCAACCAGAUAGGAGGCACUGACGGCUAAUGGUGAUAUAGAAUGUGCCCAGCCAGGGGAUGGUGACUAUUAAUGAUUAAUGAAAACAAUAUGAUGUGUGUACACGUUCCUGUUGCGUAUUUAAGUAAUUACCAUCGUUUGUAGAGGGAAUUUAGAAACUAAUGUAAGAUUUUCUUUCUCUUCCUUCAUGGUGGUCUAAACAAUUCCAUCCGAUAUAUUAUAUAUUUUACAUUAUGGAAGAUAAUUGGAGUAGCCAUCAAACCCUUAUUUAGAAGAAGGAAAGAUCUUGGCAGUUUGGACUGGUGGUUGACAGAAGAGAGAGAGAGAAGUAAACUGAUGUAAGAUAGUUAGGAAGCAUGAGUGGCUGCUUGUGUUGAUGAAAUGGCUGUGUGGAUUUAAUAAAAGCUAAAUUUGAAAAAAGGCACUAGCAUUUUGACCAGGAUACUUCCCUGACUGGUGGGCUUGAUACUUGAAUGAAUGAUAAUUCCCUUAAGACAGUAGGCUGGUUCGUUUCUGUCAACUUGACAAAAACUAGAGUCACCUGGGAAGAGGGAACAAUCAAAUCAGUUGAGGAACGGCCUCUAUCACACUGACCUAUAGGAAUGUGGGUGGGUGGGUGGUCAUUUACUACUGGACUAAUAAUAAUUUGGGAGGGUCUAUCCCGCUGUAGGCAAUGCCAUCCUUGGCCAGGUAGUCUUGGGCUGUGUAACACAUCAAGCUGACCAAGCUAUGGAACAUCAACUCAGUAAGUCUAUUUUCCCAUGCUUUCUGCUUUAGUUCCUUCCAAAAAUGUUUUUGCCAGUUCUCUGUACCCCUCCACUGACAAUAACCUGUAAGUUAAAUAAUUUCCUCUUCCAUGCUGGUUUUAUUCCCCACUCCCGGCAACAAAAGCCUAAACAAUGCAGACUUUGGUAACAGCGAGUGGGAUGUUUCUGUGACAGACCUGAUCAUUUUUCUUGGGACUACCAUGGAAGGCUUUGAGAGCUUUGUGUUAGGAAAGGCCUCUGAGUCUUUAGGGCUUAAUGACCUGUUGGGAGAGCUUGUACCAUGGGAGUGUUGAGAGAGGGGCAGGGGUUGGAGGCCGGGUUUGCAAAGCUUUAGAGAGAAGCAGAGACUAGCAGGGAUGCUUAUGUGAUAUUCUGAAUCAAGAGGUCAGCUGACCCAAAUGAGAAUCACUUAGGAAGGGAGACUCUCAAUUGAGGAAUUGCCUUUAUUACACUGGCCUAGGAUGGGCAUAUCCUCGGGCCACUUUCUUGAUUAAUGACUGAUGUGGGAAGGCCCAAGGCCACUGUGAGUAGUGCCUUCCUUGCGCAGAUGGUACUGGGUUGUAACAAAGCAGGCUGAGAAACCCACGGCAAACAAGUCAGUAAGCAGCAUUCCUCCAUGGUCUUUGCUUCAGUUCCUGCCGCUAAGUCACUGCCUUGUGUUCUUCCCCUGACAUCCCUAAAUGGUGGAUGUAAGCCGAACAAAUCCUUUUCCCACCCUACUUUUUUUUUUGUAUUUUUAUUCCAGUGAAUGGAAGUCCAACACUCCAGACAGGAACACUAGAACAUGGCAAAUUUGAAGGAACUGGUUGACUUUAUAUCUAGGUAGUGUGAGGUGUAUUUGAGACAAACAUAUCGAGAGUGGGAAAAAAAAAACAGGUUAUUUAUACUACAAUCAACAGGAAAGGUCUAGAUGUUAGAACUCAGAGGGAUUAGUGGGGAAAUCAUUGGUACGUGGCUGGAAAUUGAAGCCACAGAUGGGUGAACUUUUCUAGAAGUUAGGAUAUAAAACAGAAGCAGGGUUAUUUCCAGCUUCUGAGAAACACCAACCACAAAUGACUGGGGACCUAAUCAUGCAAAAGUAAAGCAAUGAAAUAAAGAAUAUGAAAUAUACACUGCGUGAAAAGUUUAAUUGCUGGCAGGGAAAAGGGUGAAGCUGAGGGAACACAUAAAGUUGUUAUGAAAAAUCCCUUUUGGUCAUAAUAAUUUUGUGAAUCUUCUGCUUGCACUAAUUUCCAAUCUCAGAAAACUAUCAUUUUUUUUUUGAAGAGUGCUGUGCUGUGAAUGGGGAAAUUACAUGUAUCUUGAUAAGUCACACUCAUGUUUUAUUUCUUUAUAAGAAUAAUAAAUGCUAGCGUGGUGGCAUUACCCUGAGAUUGUUUUCUACAUGUCACGUGUCUAACAUAUUUUAGUGAAAGAGAAAGGAGUUUGCAAAAGUUAGCUCACAAGCUUCUGUAGCCAACGCCUUACAAUUUUAUACUUUGAACUAAGCCUUACUUUAAGCUAAGCCUUCAUUUAUGCAUAAAUGAUCUUUUUUUACUGGAAAAUGUCUUCUUAGUCAUUCAUAAAUAAGAGGGAAAGAGUCAUUGCCACUUACAUAAUAACUUUCCACUUGAAGGCCAUAUUACAUCACACUUUCUCUUUGCCUCUCAAUAGACUCACAUUUUAUACAAUCAAAACCUCUGAAUAAUGUUCCAUUUAGAAUUUUCUGUAAUUAAGGUCAAACUCUCUUCUAUUCGUCAACCAAUCUAGAAACCCUAAAAGUCAUCUUUCGUUUCCUCUUGUAUAAUCAUCUCAACAGCACGCUGUUUUCAGCAUCAUUAUCAGAUUGGUUCUCUUCAGCAUUUUUGACCAUAACUGAUUUCCCUGCCAUUACCUCUCUUUGUGGAACCUUUAACUUUCUACUCCAUAUUUUUUUUACUCUCCACAUCUCCCUCCAGGUUUCAGUUAUUUUUCUAAUGCAUGAAGGUUUUUAAAAUAAUUCUGUUAAUUUAAAACAGAACAGCUCAGAUCAACCUGCCUCCAUUAGAGAAAUAGUUCAGACUGACUGAUAACUACACAGUGGCUCUUUCCCAUCUGACCCACAGUUAUCUUUGUAGGCUCUCUCUGCUGUAUUCAAGCUUCUCUAAAGAAUUUGUCUUUCCUCAAGCUUUCCUGUUCUCUGUGCCAAUAUAAUUUAUAUGUACAGAUAUGGGUCAUGUAAACUGAUGACUUUUUUUUAGCUAGCUUGCUCUUUAUUACUUAUUGUAAUUUAUAUAUUUUUGUAGUUUUAAGUAAGUACUAUGUUUGCAUGAUCCUAGAGUCAAAGGAUAUGGAAAGGCUGGGUAUGCAGGCUCUCGUCCCCAUGACUACCAUCCAAUCCUGUUCUGCACUAGCCUACAAGAUUUUUGCACUUCCUAUGUUUAUCUGUCACUGAUUUGAGUAUAGAGCAGCCAUCCAUACAUCUUAAGAUAAGAACCUGAGACAGACUGAAUUCAGGGAAUUUGGGAUCAACAAUCUACCAGUAAGGGCAAAAGUAUCUUUGUACUUUAAUUCACAAAAAAUUUUAGGGUAAAACAUUAGCAUGUAGUAGCCUAAGUAGUAAUGGUUAUCUAUGAACAGUGUGUGCAAGUUCUAUUCUUUCUGAGUGAAUUAUGUCUGUUCUGCUGCCAUCAACCAUAGAUAGCAGACCACAGAUAGCCUCAGUCUUUCUAGGAAAUCUCACCAGCCAGGGUAUAGGAACAUAAACUCAUAUGCAUCAUUGGUCCUGUUUCUACAGAGACUUUCUAUUUCCUUUAUUGAGAAGGUAAUGGGUUAUCUGUGUCUCUAGUAUUCAGAGAGCUAUUAUUUGAGGGGUAGAACAAUCUAAUAAACCCACUUUUACAAUUGCAUAUGUACCCUAUUGGCUCUAUUCUUUAAGGGAUUCUUUCCCAAAUAAGCCAAAACAGAAACCCACUCAUUCUAUUGCUGAAUAAUUGCCUGUUGUAUGUGUAGUUUUCAUUGUGUUUAUUAGUUUAAUUGCAACAACAAUAAGCUUGUGGUGCUCUUUCAUUAACGUAAAUAGAUCUGUUGUGAAUGUGCCCUGUAAGUUUUUAUUUAACCACCUGUUCCUCAUUUUGUUUUAUCUGUCCCUCGUUGUAAUCAGGGUCACAUGAACGUGUGUGGGUGGGAUCUCUACAAAGAAGCAGGGUCUUUGUAAAAAGAGUUAGCUGGAUCACUCCCUAACACUAGCUUUGACUUUUGUUAGAAACCUUGAAAUGGUUUCCACAAACACAGCUGUAUUUUACAGGUUUUCCCUCCAGAGAUGCUCAAGUGUUCCAGUCCUCACUCUAUUGACAACUCUUUUUUCAUUUAAAAACAUUGCAGGCAUUUGUAGUGAAUGUGAAAUGGUAUUUUAGUGAUCUUUUGAUUUUUUGUUUAAAUGUUCAAUAAUAUGGAACAACUUCUCCUUUGCUUAAUGGUCAUUUGUAUAUCUUCUUUGGAGAAAUGUCUGGUCAAAUCCUUUAAUCAGUUAAAAUUGGGCUCUUAGUAAAUUUUGUUGAAUUGUAAGACUUAUGUAUUUUACUAUUAAAUUACUCUCUUGUAUAUGACUUGCAAAUAUAUUGUUCUCAUUCUGUGGGUUUUCUAUCUCUCUAGUCCCUUAAGCCAUCUAAUGCAUAAAACACGUAACUUUUAUGAAGUCCAACUUACAAUUUUUGUUCACUAUUCUUCUGUGUUAUAUUAAGAAUCCAUUGCCAUAGCUAAGGAAUUGCAGGUUUCCUUUGCUUUUUCUACUAAUAAUGGUAUAGUUUAGUAUCUUAUGAUGAAGCUUAGAGUUACAUUUGUCACGGCUUGACUGUGAGUCCCAGAAUUUAUGUAAAGAGGAUUUCCCGAAUUUGUAUGUAAAUACUAUUUCGAAGUGGUGCUUUGGAGAGUAAUUACGAUUAGAUGAGUUCUCAAGGUCAAGACCCCUAGAAAGCAUCCCUGGCUUUGAGGAAAGGGCUUGUGGUCUUGCCCAACUCAACUUCAGAUGUCUUUCAGCCCACUGUGGCACAAUAAAAAAAGUCCUUAUUAGAUGUUGAUCAAAGCUUAUAUCAUUGUGCUGUGGACUGUCCGUCCUACAGAACUACAUUCUCAGAAAUUAUAUAGUUAGUCUUAGAUAUUUCUUUAGGAGACUAAAAUGUGGGCUCCCAUGUUAAAUUUUUGCUUAUGAGCCCAAUUCCAUUAUUUUACGGUUAGAUACUUAGUGUUUUUGGUAUCACUUCUUGCAGCAUCUGGUCUCCAUCAGUGGUGGUGAUAUCAUGGUUGUGAUUAGUCAACUAUGUAGAGGUGAGGAUUUGGUUGUGAACUCUAAGCUAUAAUCCAUUGGUCUCUAUGUUUUUUUUUUUUUUUUUUU